AUGUCUGUUAACGAGGGUGAGAGGCUGCUGAAUAGGAUGGUGGCAGCUAUCGAACAACAAAAACAAGCGGUUAAAAUAUAUCAGGAUGAUGGGGCGAAUAUGGAUGGCUUGCAUUGUUGUGCCAAUGCUCUUCGUGGGCUGCGGACUUCUGGCCUCUCACCGAAGUCCUAUUACGAACUCUAUAUCAAGGCUGCGGAAGUUCUCAACGUUGUUGAUGUUUAUCUCACUGACGAAUUCCAACAUGGAAGAUCCAUUCCUCACCUUUACGAGAUCGUUCAAUAUGUCUCCAAUGUUCUACCACGCCUGUACCUCCUGAUAACUGUGGGUGUGGUCUACAUCCGAGUGGGCGAAUUGCCUUGCCGCGAGAUUUUACGAGAUUUGGUGGAGAUGUGCAGGGGAGUUCAGCAUCCCCUGCGCGGCCUCUUUCUUCGCAACUACCUUCUCACCUCCAUCCCUCCAAGCCUCCUUCCUGACUCCCCUGUAAGUCACUCCCUUUCUGAGGGGUGUCCUUUUACCGAUAGUGUCGAUGAUCCUUUGAAGAGAGAAGAGGUGGCCGUAGGUGAUGUGCCGAUGAAGCCAGCGGAGGUGGAGGGAGCGAGUGUGCUGGACAGCAUCAACUUCAUUCUUCUCAACUUUGCGGAGAUGAACAAACUGUGGGUGCGCAUGCAGCACCAGGGGCACACACGUGACCGUGAGCGGCGCGAGCAGGAGCGUCGCGACCUUCGAGUCCUCGUUGGAGCUAAUCUUCAUCGACUCUCUAAACUCGAGGCCAUCAACACCGACCUCUAUAGAUCUCAUAUCCUGCCAAACAUAUUGACCCAGGUCAUUCAAUGCCAUGACGUAAUCGCCCAGGAGUACCUUAUGGACGUGAUCGUUCAGACCUUUCCGGACGAGUUUCACGCAGCCACGCUGCCGCAGCUACUACAGGCCUGUGGGCACCUGCAGCCUGCGGUUCGGCUAAAACCCAUUAUCGGAAGUUUGGUUGAGAGGCACGAGAGUCGUAGUGGCGGCGAUGGCGGUGGUGGCGAAGAACUCUUUCAGUCUCUCUCCACAGAGCUAGGUCAGUUAGUGCGCCGUCGCGCAGACUUCUACACCUCGGCACCGACGGAGGCACGUCUGGGGCUGCCUUUGGAGGAUUUACCGGGUCUUUUUGCGCCUCUUCUAACCAUGGCUAUCUGCCUCCAUUCCAGCCCUGAUACCGUGAAUCAGGUCCUUCUCAGUGCCGCUGCCGCCCUUGAGACACUAUCCGCUUCCUCCUUCAGGAUUCAGGGCGGUUCAGUGCUGUCACGAGAGCUUCUCAGCCUCCUCUACCUGCCCCUAUAUGGGCCUGGAGGUCCGCCGCGGUCGGUGAAUUCCUCAGUGGAGUGCGCUACUCUCGCAAUAUUCUCCUCCGGUUUCUCUCCCCUGUCACCGUCUACCGUUGGCUUGGACGACGCGGGCGCACUGGGACGCCUUCCGGUGCUGCUCGACCUCUCCGGUCUCCUGCGGCUCUGCACCCUCCUUGACUUCUCGGCUCGCCGCCGCUUCGCCUGCCUUUUCAUUGCGCGCGCUCUUGAACGCGCCUCCAGCGGUGAUGCUGAAGUUGCUGACAACCAACGCAUCACCACCGAGGCCGAUUUGGAUGCCUUUUUAGCUGUGGUUGGCGUUUUAGUCGAACGUCAGGAUUCUAACACCACCUCAGUUUCCCCAUCGUCGCCGUCGUCCUCAGUAGAGGACUUAACCGAAGAUCUCGCUCUUCUGGCUUCAGCGAUUCACUUGGUCGGCCGUCAGGCCGAGGCUCGAGUGGAUAUUGAAGAGAAGCUUCUCCUUCUAUCAAAAAUGCGGAAGCGACUUGCCGCUGGUGGUCCCGUCGUCGUAAGGGCCACCUUUCCAACCCUUGUUUUUGAGGCAAUUAGGCUGCUACCGGUAAUCGGUGCAGGAGGGGAAAAGAUAGAGACAGAUGAGCCUAAGACAAAGGAGGCAGUGGCAGGUCUGUAUGAGCGGGUGAUAGCCUUCUGCCACCAGUCGGCAACCAAGUUGAUCGCUUGCAACGCCUCCGACGUUGCCCUGCGUCUCUUCCUCAAUUGCACCCUCGUGAUCGAGACAGUGGCAUUCGAGAAGCGUCCUCUUUUUGCCUACGAGUUCUUUUCUCAGGCCUUCACUCUCUUCGAGCAGGAGCUGUCGGACGCGCGGGCGCAGCUUUCAGCCUUUGGGCUGCUAGUGGCGACUCUCUGGUGGGCGCGUCGCUGCCUCGAUGCGGAGAGUGCGGGUGUGCUGCAGACUCAGUGCUCGCGCGCUGCCUUCAACCUCCUCCUUCUGCGUGCAGAUCAGAGCCGCGCCGUCGCUCUUACCGCUCAGCUUCUCCUUUCCUCUCCCACCCCCAUCAUCGCCACCCCUGGGGAGGAGGGGAAGAUGACUUCAGGGAAGGCGGGAGAAAGCGACUUUGAGGGUGUCUUCAAGUGCCUGGAGAAGUCGCGUUCCCUGGCUGACAUGUGUAUGGAUGUGGAUGCGCGGACGCAGCUUUACGUAGAUCUCCUUAAUUACCACAUCAUCUACCACCAGCAGGGCGUAGGGCCCCUCGAAACCAUGAAGGUGAAGUUGACAGAGCUACUGGCGGAGACGGACAAGUUGGUACAACAGCUGGAGUUUGUACCAGAGGCACUUUCCUUCUACCUCGAGUCGACCCGUUCAAAGGGACAGUACGAUAUGCUGGGCAACCUCAUCACCACCACCACCACUCCAGGCCCCCCAACCACCACCACCACCACCACUACAAUCGCUACUCUCCCUCCAACCACUGCAAUGACCAAUGCAACCACCACCACACCGCAACCAACAAUGUUUCUCGCGGAUAGUGCAGCGCCACUGAAUGUCUUCGAACGCUAUACCCACCUUGAAUCCUUCCUAUCGCGAUUUACACCGAUCGGUUUAGAGGUCGACCUUUUAACUACGGCGGUCUACUUACCUCUUUCCUUCCUCGGACUUUCGCUUGCCGCUGCUGUCCUAUUCACCUGGCACACUCCCCAUGAGGCCGCCAAAGCCUACACCGUCUCAUCCACUGCGCCUCCAUUGUGGAGGCACUGGAGAGAACGUCGACGUGGCGAUGCUCUGCUUCGUCUCCUUGGUUUCCUCUGCUGUCCCCUCCUCUUAAUACACUGUUCUUUCUGCCUCCUUCUCGAUCUUGACGGAGUCUGGCGUUUGCGCCUUCUCUCCGAUGUCAACGGUUUCCGUGCCUUCUGCCCUCUCGUCCACAGCCUUGACGUCACGACACGUGUCACCAUUGCUCUCCUCGUCCUCCUCAUCGCCUGGCGCGCGCACGCCAUCUCACGAACCCCACACCGCCGCACUAUCUCCUGCUAUUGCCGCAAUCCCUACCGCCGGUGGUGGUGCAAACUCCCCUGUAGCCUUUUCUCGAGGGUAACGGCUAUCGUCCUCAUGUCAUUUGUAGUGGGCCUGGUGGGGAUAAACUUCUGGCAGGUGACUGAUAUUACCUUGCAGGGAGCUUUUGAGAGUGUGGAGCUAAUUUGUAGCCCAGUAGGAGGCUAUCAAUCGGGUUUCCAGUUACUCAGCUCCGAUGCCAACCUCAUGCUCUAUGAGUGGAUCCUCAACGCGGUCAUUUUUGCGCCGAGUACCCUAGGGGCCACAGCCUUUGCUCUUCUUCUGUCCCGACGCCUCCUAGCCAAUCAGGGCCAGGUGGUACUGCAAACAGAGGCAGAGGUUGGUGAGCGCAUUGCGUUUGCCUACAGCCGGCGCGUGGUCCACCGCCUCCAACUUGCCAUUGCCAUCUGCGUCCUCUAUGGUCUGGCCAACUUACCCUUGGCGGCCAUUCGCCUUCUAGCUGUCAUGGCGACCCCAGGGUUUGCCGAGUUGCCCGAUCGUGAGAUUUUAUCCGACCCAACUUGGCAACGAAUGCUUUACCAUACCACAGCGACCAUAAUUUGUCGCGAGUUCGCAGACAUGGCGACAACAGGGCUACUUUUCCCCGCCUUCAUGGUGGCUAGCUCCACAUUCCGCCAUCGCUUCCUUCGCCUUCUGCAUCUCAAAGGUGCCACUUCGUCGUCCAAAUUUGGCCGAUGCCUGUGGGGUGCGGCGGAGAGACCACAGGAGCAGCCAUUACAACCUUCACCUUCGCCCACAGGAGCACACUCACCACCGGUACGGUGGAGUUGGGGAAAGGGGUGGCGCCAGUCCUAUUCCUUGCCGCUCUCCCCGCCAGUCACGGAGACCGUAUUGGAUUUGGGAGAGGAGGGCAUGGCCGAGGAGGUAGACCCCGACCAGAUGGAUGCAGUGAUUGAGCAGCACAACAACGCCUACGCGGUCAGCGGAAAUGACACGGGUGGUGCAUCACACCGCUACGUCAAGCGCCAAGCCUCAUUCACGCCCUUCGCUACCCCGAAGCGAUGGACUGCCAACGGCUGUGAAUCCACAGUGUACUCCAGACUGCUUCAAAAUAGACACAACAUUGAAAUCAACAAGUAUAAACUAGUGAAGCCAGUCAGUAAAAAUGCGAAAAUCAGUCAACAUAUCAACUAUCGUAUUCGCUGUACUCUCCAGGACAGUCGGCAGCUCGUCGGCACAUUCAAAGCCUUCGAUAGGCAUAUGAAUCUUAUCUUAUGCGACUGCGAUGAGUUCCGUACGGUUAAAGGCAAAAAUUCAAAACAACCUCGCCAGGAGAAGCGUUCUCUUGGACUUGUUCUUCUUCGUGGGGAGCAUAUUGUAAGCAUGAACGUGGACGGUCCUCCACCGCCGGAAGACUCCGCGCGAGUGCCGCUUCCAGGCGCUGGGAUGGGCAUGAUGGGGAUUCCGCCGCCGGGUAUGGGACGCGCGGUGGGUCGAGGGAUGCCGUUGGCUACGCCGGGUGCCGCCAUUCCUCCGCCUGCAGCCGCACCACCCACCGGUCUCGCUGGACCCGCCUGGGGCGUCGGCGUGCCUGCGCCCGGUCUCAUGCAGCCACGAGGGGCGCCACCACCGCCGCCGCACGCUUUUGGUCGUGGGGCCCCUGCGCCCGGUAUGACGCCUCCUCCACCGCCGCCACCAGGAGCACGACCACCGCCACCACCGCCCUACUGA